AUGGCGAACAAGUUUGGAUUAGGUUCUUUAUCUUUAGAAACUAAAAAACCUAACACUACAACGUGGAUUAAUAAAGCGAAACCUUACUUCGUGGAUCAAAUCGGAGACACUCUUCAAGGUGAUUUAGAUAUGAACAAUUUUAGCAUAACUAAUUUAAAGUCUCCGGAAAACGAUAAUGACGCUGUUCACAAGAAACAUUUACGGGAACAAAUAAAUUCAAUUGAAGUAAAUAAAAACCAUUUAGAAGAUAAAAUAAGUAAUGUGAAAAGAUUCUUCAAACGUCAACUAAAUAAUAAAAAUUUUGUUAAUGAUACUAAACUACAACAAGAGGUACAAAGAUUAAUAAGUUUUAUUCAAAAAGAAUUGGUCAACGUAGCGAAUAAAACUGAGUUACAAAAUUUAAUUUCAUUAAUAUCUGAAUUAGAGGAUAAGAUUGCAAAACAAAAAUUAGACAUUCAACAAUUGAUAGAUAACAUUCCAGAUGAAAAUGAAGAUACGUUUCAACAGGAAUUAAAUGCUCUGGAAACUAAACUUAACACUGAAUUACAAAAAGAACUAACAAAUAUUAAAAAACAAAUACAAAACAUAGAUGAUAGCGAAAUCAAAACCUAUAUUCAUCAACAAAUACAAAACAUAGAUGAUAUCGAAAUCAAACCCUAUAUUCAACAACAAAUACAAAACAUAGAUGAUAGCGAAAUCAAAACCUAUAUUCAUCAACAAAUACAGAACAUUGAUGAUAGUGUUAUUCAACAACAGAUAACCACUAUUAAUAACCUAGUUUUAAAACAGGAUAAAAAUAUAGUUGCAUUAGAAAAAAAGUUUCUCAAGAAAGAAUCAUAUUAUUUCAAUCUUCCAUUUAAAAAUUUGAGAUAUUACAAUACUUCUAUUACUGAUAAUAUUGAUAAAUCAAGAGAUUAUGAAUAUAAAAAAUAUGGAUUUACACUAAAUAUUAGAGAAUAUUCUCCAACAGGUUUUACAUCAAAACAGAAAGCUCAUUAUAAAAGGAAAACAGAAAUUUUAAAUACAGAUCUUAAUAAAUUGUUUAUAUUUUUCGAAAGAUCGAGAGAAGACAAGAACAUAACAGUUGAAGAAUUAGAAAAAUUCAAUGAAAUUUUAGAUAAAUUUGAUGUAGAAAUAUCAUCAAUAAAAGUUAAAAAUUCCCAGUUAAAAAUAGUUACUUUAAAAAUAUGA